GUGAGCCGGCAGAUGGAUUUUAAGCGGGUGGAAUUACUUCUGUCAACACAUCGCCACAAUGCCGCCUUUCUCUCCCCCGGCCCCGCCCCCCGGCGGCCGGGGAGCAUGUGCAGACACGUCGCCGUGAGAGAGAGGAGCGGUGAGGUAAGAGGAUCAAUAGGUUUAACGGGAGUGCAUCGGGAAGACACACCUCUUACACGGGGGUCAGGACAUCCCACACGACCAGGAGGAGGGAAGCAGAGAUGCUUCAUUGUUGUUGUUUUUUUUCUUUCUUUCUUCCAUCCCCACCCCCCUCGGGGCCCCCCAUUUCCUUGACGUGGAGAAAGAGCAGAGGAUGCAGGUUUGCAACAUGCCGGCUAACGUGACUCUUGCCGCCGUCCGUCAGCGGUCAGGGAAGGGAAGGUUCUCCGCAGGAACGAGUCCCUGAGCCGGCUCACCAUGUGGAUGUGGGGGGGUCACUUCCAAACUUUUGCUGGACGAAUCCCGAGGGAAAAGGGAAGAAAGAGCGGCUGCCCCCGGAGCUCGUGGUGUGGGCGGCCGCCUGUGCGAGAGUCCGUACACUGGGAUUAAACCUGCCUUUUUUUUUAGUAUCUUUUGGAUUUUAUGGUGCUUAUUUUUUUAAAGGAUUUUCGUUAUGCACAAAGUUUCCGAGAAACUCUUGAGCAUGAGACAUAACUUGUUAUACCCGGACUUGAUCGUCUCCACUCUGUGGGUGUUUACCUGUAGAUAGUAUAUCACACAGACCCCAAAAAAGCCUCUUAAAACCGGUGACUUGGGCUCAAUAUGAAGCCUGGACUUUGUCCUGGAGUUUCUAGUGACAGGACCAUGAAGCACCUUAGCCACUUUCCUUUCAGAAGACACUCCUGGAUAUGUUUCGACGUAGACAAUGGAACCUCAUCAGGUCGCAGCCCACUGGACCCGAUGGCCAGCCCAGGAUCUGGCCUCAUCCUGCAGGCCAAUUUCGUCCACAGCCAGCGGAGAGAGUCGUUCCUGUAUCGCUCCGACAGCGACUACGACCUCUCGCCCAAAUCUAUGUCCCGAAACUCCUCCAUCGCCAGCGACAUCCAUGGUGACGACAUGAUUGUAACGCCAUUUGCACAGGUCCUUGCCAGCUUAAGAACCGUACGGAACAACUUUGGUGCAUUAACUAACCUGCAGCAAGACAGGGCAUCCAAUAAUAAGAGAUCACCCAUGUGCAACCCACCCCCUAUCACCAAGACCACCUUUACAGAGGAGGCUUACCAGAAACUGGCCACUGAGACCCUGGAGGAGCUGGACUGGUGCCUGGACCAGCUGGAAACGCUGCAGACCAGACACUCGGUCGGCGAGAUGGCAUCCAACAAGUUUAAGAGGAUGCUGAACAGGGAGCUGACUCACCUGUCAGAGAUGAGUCGUUCAGGGAAUCAGGUGUCUGAGUUCAUCUCCAGCACCUUCCUAGACAAGCAACAUGAAGUGGAGAUGCCAACGCCUCAGUCGCAGAAGGACAAGGAGAAGAAGCCCAUGUCUCAGAUCAGCGGCGUGAAGAAGCUGCAGCACUCAUCAAGCCUCACCAACUCCAACAUACCUCGCUUUGGCGUCAAGACGGAGACGGAAGACGAGCUGGGAAAGGAGCUGGAGCACGUGAACAAAUGGGGCCUUAACGUUUUCAAAAUCUCCGAGUUCUGUGGGAAUCGGCCGCUGACAGUCAUGAUGUACACCAUUUUCCAGGAGCGAGACUUGUUAAAAACGUUUAAAAUUCCACUGGACACUUUUAUCACCUACCUGAUGACCUUGGAGGAUCAUUACCACGGCGACGUGGCGUACCACAACAACAUCCACGCUGCUGACGUCACACAGUCCACGCAUGUGCUGCUAUCCACCCCUGCACUGGAGGCCGUGUUCACCGACCUAGAGAUCCUGGCUGCCAUCUUUGCCAGCGCCAUUCACGACGUGGACCACCCGGGAGUGUCCAACCAGUUCCUCAUCAACACCAAUUCCGAACUGGCGCUGAUGUACAACGACGCGUCAGUACUAGAGAACCACCACCUGGCUGUGGGCUUCAAGCUCCUGCAGGAGGAGAACUGUGACAUCUUUCAAAACCUGACCAAAAAACAACGACAAUCACUUCGAAAGAUGGUCAUCGAUAUUGUGUUGGCUACUGAUAUGUCCAAGCACAUGAAUCUGCUGGCUGAUCUCAAAACUAUGGUGGAAACCAAAAAGGUGACCAGCUCGGGGGUCUUGCUGCUGGAUAACUAUUCUGAUCGGAUACAGGUUCUGCAGAACAUGGUGCACUGUGCAGACCUGAGCAACCCCACCAAGCCCCUGCAGCUCUACAGGCAGUGGACCGACCGCAUCAUGGAGGAGUUCUUCAGCCAGGGCGACCGAGAGAGGGAGCGGGGCAUGGAGAUCAGCCCCAUGUGCGACAAACACAACGCCUCGGUGGAAAAGAGCCAGGUCGGCUUCAUCGACUACAUCGUCCACCCCUUGUGGGAGACGUGGGCCGACCUGGUGCACCCGGACGCCCAGGACAUUUUGGACACGCUGGAGGACAACAGGGAGUGGUACCAAAGCACCAUCCCCCAAAGCCCGUCCCCCGCCCUGGACGAACCCGAGGACGGCGGCCGGCACCCGGUGGGGGACAAGUUCCAGUUCGAGCUCACGCUGGAGGAGGACGGCGAGUCCGACACGGAGAAAGACAGCGGCAGCCAGCCGGACGAGGAAGAGGAGGAGGAGGAGGAGGAGGAAGAGGAGAACAGCUGUACGGACUCAAAAACACUCUGCACGCAGGACUCGGAGUCCACGGAGAUUCCCUUGGACGAGCAGGUGGCGCAGGACGAGGAGGUGGCGGAGGAAGGGGACACUUCAUACUCGCAAACUUGUGUGGUGGAGGAGGAGGAGGUGGCGGAGGAACAAGAGGAGGAAGAGAAAAGCCCCGACACAUAGCAGUCCAGAACGGCACCUGAUGAACUCUUCUGCUUAGUAAUGAUCAUCCAUAGAAUAUUCUAUGAGGGGAGGUCCGUGUUCUUUGCUUACCUUCUGAAGCCACGCCCCCUUCUGCUCUGUUCAGACACACCCACCAUAUGUUUCCGUUGGCCAAGAUCAAGCAGGCACACCUUGGCCACGCCUCCUCCGGACUGUGGAGACCUUCUUGGUGACACCCCCACUAAGCCACUCCCCUCACCGGCGGUACUCACCCACUUUUUGUUUUGUACUCAGGUAAAAUUCCUCACCAUUGCUGUGUUUUCCAUAGUCAAUUGGCCAUUUUUUUUUUUCCCACUUUUCUUUUCAACCAAUCACAUUGAGGGAUGGAGCGCGAGGCGGAGCCAGUAGAAACACACGAUAUGGAAGUCUUCCUUGGAAAGCGAUGUUGCUGUAUCAGAUAUUUUAUACACUUAAUUUAGCUUUGGUGUGAAUGAUGAGCUCAUUUCUAGUGUGUUGUUUUGCGCCGAGGGGGGGGCAGCAAACUCAUUAAAGGCGUUGAUAGCAUUUAUACCACUUAAUACGCUCUCACUCGGCUAACAAGGACUUUAUUUUUAUUCUAUCGAGAUGGCCGCUGAGGAGAAAGGAAAGAAGGCGGAGCCUUUACCUUUUUAUUGUUGCCUACAGUUCUUUUUGAACACAUCCUGAGACAAUGCAAUGCUUUCUAGUCCAUACAAAAAGCACUUUGUUUUCAUUAUUAGUGCUCAUAAAAAUGUUUAGUGAUUCUCAGAUACAUAUAUAAAUAUAUAUAUAUAUAUAUAUAUAUAUAUAUAUAUAUAUAUAUAUAUAUAUAUAUAUAUAUAUAUAUAUAUAUAUAUAUAUUCCAAAGGUUUUGACACACCUCAUUCAAUGUGUUUUAUUUAUUUUCAUGACUAUUUACAUUGUAGAUUGUCACUGAAGGCAUCACAACUAUGAAAGGACACAUCUGGGGUUGUGUACUUAACAAAAAAAAAAGGUGAAAUAACUUAAGCAUGUUUUAUAUUCUAGUUUCUUCAAAAUAGCCGCACUUUGCUCCGAUUACUUUUUCCCACACUCUUGGCAUUCUCUCGAUGGGCUUCAAGAGGUAUAAUCAACUGAAAUUGUUUUCACUUCGCAGGUGUCAUAGUUUUAAAGCCUUCAGUGACGACAAUCUGCAAUGUAUAUAGUCAUGAAAAUAAAGAAAAUGCAUUGACUUUUGGCCUGUACUAUAUAUAUAUAUAUAUAUAUAUAUAUACAUAUAUAUAUGUAUAUAUAUAUAUAUAUACAUAUAUAUAUAUAUAUAGAUAUAGAUAGAUAGAUAGUGUAUGUAUAUGUGUGUAUAUAUAUAUAUAUAUAUAUAGUGUGUAUAUAUAUAUAUACACAUUUAUAGAAUGUGUGUAUAUAUGUACAUUAUAUAUAAAUAUAUACACACAUAUAUAUACAUAUAUACACAUGAAUAUGCACAUAUAUAUAUACACACAUAUAUAUAUAUGGUUUUAGGUUUUAAUCAUGAUUAUGUCAUUGCACACUUUGUUAAAGCUGUCUUUGCUUUGGAACGAGACAAUCAGCUGACACAUUGCCUUCUUUUUAUUUAUUCUUUUUCUUUUUUGUAUACAUGCAGCAUGCCAACAAAGUCUCACAAAGUAAUUUUUUGUCACUUAGCUUUUUUGUCUUUUUUUUUUGUUUGAUUGCCAUAUUUUUCCUCAAGAGUGUGUUAUUAAAACAGAAAGGCGGCACAGAAGAGAAAUCACUGUAGCGUCGACAGGCUUGCCAGUUACACCAAACCCAAAUAUUCUGUUUGCCUGUGUGUACUACAAAUAAUAUUACCAAAAAAAAAAAAAAAAGCCCGGAAAAAAACACUUGAAGACUGCACACUGAUUUUUUUUUAUUCUAUUUUAUUUUGUCAUUUCUUUAUUUAAUCUAUCAUGUUUGUGCCAUUUUUAUUUUAUUGUCACGCUCACCCAAUGCCCUUACCUGUAAUACGAUUUUUCCAAUUUUAAUCGCUGUUUACAAACAUAUUUAUUGUUGUGUAUAUACUAUAUUAUUAUUAUUAAUGUUAUUGCUAUCAUAACACCGUUUGUUGUAAAUGGUCGAUUCUUAAUCAUCCCUUUUGGUGAUGGUGUGGCUGUAAAUCACGUACCUCUUGUUGAGAGAAUGUGCUUUCUUUGGUUUUUAGAAGGUUGCUUGUCCUAAAGCAGCUUGGAGGUGGGGGGUUCCAGGGUUACGCCAAAUUCUUUUUCUAAAAGCAAUUGUUCCUUGGCCCAUGGGCUGUGCCUUAAAUUCAACACUUUGUCGCCCUUUGUUUUGUUUAUAUUCGCCUUUUUGUUCAUUCUUCUGCUGCAUUAGUGAUGACCGUCUCACCUCUGUUAUUAAAUUGCCUUUUUUUUUUUUUUUUUUUUUGCUUUUAAAGCCAAAUUGAAGCCCGGGGUGAUGAAAAAAGAGGUACCACUCUGUCCUGUCCUGGCUGCACCAGAACCUCAAGCCAAUAUAGGAAAGCACACAGGCUUAGCGACACACACACACACACACACAAACACACACACACACACACACACACACAUGCAUGUUCAGCCGCUGCUGCAUUAAACUUGGCUGAAACACAGAUUGUGUGUGGCUAAGCCAAACCCCCCUUUUCCCUGGCAAUAGAACAUCCCGGAGACUCUUCUGUUGACACAUAUACUGUAGAUGCUAAACAGCCCUGGACCAACGGGAACAGUGGGUUCAUUUCUUUUCCUCUUUUAGUGUUCUAUUUUUUAACGGUAUGGAAGGAAAAACACAAACUGUAACUUAAAAAAAAAAAAAAGAAAUGGUCUCGAGGACAAUUAUUUUUUUUGGGGUUGUGUCUUUAGAAUGCCAACUUGUCUGUUUUCACAGGACAAAUUAAAAUGUUAUUUUAAUGGAAUCCUUGUUAAUUGCAGUCUAUUGGAUAGCACUGUAGAGCAAACGACUUUAUGUAAAAAAAAAAAAAAGAAGUUAAAAAAAAAAAAGAAUGAAAAAAUGUUUUUAUAUGCAAUGGAUGAAAUAAAAGUAUCAGUUGAUUCUGCUUAA